GGAAAUUAAAAAUAGGUACAUAUUUUCUUCUUUCAGGUGGAGUGGGGCGUGAUGCGAAACAAGCGACACCGCCCUGUGAGGUAUCUGCAGAUGACUGUCACUCAGAGUCCGGUAGAGGUGUGUCUCUCCUCGGCACGCCUAUGCCUUGGAAAGUUAUACACUCUGUGCUCCGUCGACGUUACCUUUUGCUCCUGUCCUAGUCCUCGGUUCUGUGUGGGGUAGCCAUUCGCCCCUUCGCAAGCCGGUUUUCCAACAUGUCACUGCGAAUGCGACCAGGAAGUUCGUCCACCGUCUCGGAAAGUUCGUAUUAUGAGAGUAUCGAGCGCGCCAGUUCUCCGAGACCCGUGUUCAACGUGCAAGAGCAGAAGCAGUACAUUGCCGUUGCUAGUCCCACCGGCAGCGUCACCAGGGUAAUCCGACAGGGCGGAGGUCCCCAGAUCAUCGAACGGGUACAAGGUGGUCAACAAUAUCAUCAUGGAAAUGAAGUUACCUAUGUACAGAACAGCCAUGAGCAACUGGGACUGUCAAGCCCUGCAGAGAUACAAAAUAGACAGCAUCAGUAUGUACUGGCCCAAAGCAUGAAAGGAAUAAAUGUUCCCAAAGGUUCGGAGGUCAUUGUACAUAAAACGUACUUGACGGUUGAUCAGGUUCCUUCCAUACAGGUUUACGAUCACACCAGGGACUUUCAAUCCUAUCAGAACAUCGGAAACUCUCAAACCCACUGGGAAAAAGUCAAGUAUGUUGAAAGCCCCACUCAAAGUGUGCAGCUUCCGAGCUCUCCAGGUGAACUCAUCAGGUCUCGGAGUGCUCAGAGCUCUGUCACGUCUCAGGAUCUUGACUUACACUCUGAUGAAACCCACGUGAGAUGCUAUGGAGGACGGAGUCCUACACCGGUCAGAGUCCAGAGUCCUCAACCAUGCCAAAUCAAGAGUGCAAUGGAUUAUGAGAGUCAUAAUGCAGAGAAAUUGGAUCCUCGCUACUUUGGUGAGCUGCUGGCUGAGCUGUCGUGCAAAACCACUGAGGUCCACAACAUCCUGAUAGAAAAUAUGCAGAAAAUGAAGGGAAGACAGAGCAUGUUGGAAAUGAAUAUUGACAAUGUUAGCAAUGAAAAUGUUGAAGAUUUGAUACCAAAAGGGGUAUCUGAAUUGACAAAACAACAGUUGCGUUAUAUCUUGCAGAUGAGGCAUACUGUGGACAAAUCCUUGCGACUUCUCUUGGCCACCUUCAGCAGUCUUCGUGAAGACCUGCUCCAUCUGCAAGAUGACCUAAGUAGACUUGCCACAGACAAGGAAAUGCUGGAAAAAGACUUGAGUUUUAAAUCGCAGCAAAUGACAGAAUACUUAAAGCUCUUGGAGUCUGUACGAGAGAACAACCGAGAACUGCAGAGUGCCAUAAAGGAGAGUGGUUCAAGCAACCGAUCCCUUGAGGAUUUGAUCUUGUCUCUGAGGAACUCAGAGGCUGAUAAACAAUUCCGCGUGAAAGAGUUGGAAUGCAGCAAAAAAGCACUGGAACAGGAAAACGAGCUACUUCGGCAACAGUUAACCAAGAGCCCAACAAGUCCAACCAGCACUUCAAUAUUUAAUACAGAAAUUUCAAAUAAUUACUAUGAAAUGGUCAAUAAACUCCGUGAAGAAAAGGACAAGGAGAUCAGUGCUUUAAGGUCACAAAUCAACAACAUGAAGCGAGAAAUGUCAUCAGGGCAAGACAGUACCAGCAGCUUGCAAAUGAAGUUAAUGCAAUACAGUAAUGACCUGUCUGAGAAGGAUGCCAUUAUCCAAAAAAAGAAUGAGGAAAUCAUGAGACUGAAAUCUUCAUCACUUGGGUCAAAUAAUGUGACGCAUACAGUCAUCACAAGGCGAUACCUUGAUUAUCCAAUUCUGGGUCUUUUGAAAGAUGGGAAACUAACUUCAAGUAAAGAAUUAAAGACCGUUUUAGUUCAAAGGAAUGGAAGAUAUUAAGCAAAAUAAAAACACAGGAAUUUGUUUCAGCAUACUGAAGACUAAUCCAAUGCAGUGGGAAGUACUUACUGGUUUUCGCAACAGAAAUUGCUCAACGUUUUCUCAUUUCAUGGUGUUCUUUCUUGCUUAGCCAAAAUGGAUUUUGAAGGGUCUGUAUUAGUUUAUUUUAAACUGCUGUUUAUUAUUGUUUAAUCCAUAUUGAAGGCUGCAGGUGUGAGGGAUUGCUAUUUUACUUUGUAAUGUUAGAAUUAUAUCAAAUGUAACAAAAAAGGUGAAUGGUAUGAAGAAGAAAGUGUAUAAACUGGAAAAGAAAAUAAAUGCAAGUUAAGAGAGUACCCAAUUAAUGAGCCAGUGCUUUCUCUCUGCAUAUUGAAUGGUGAUAAAUUUUGGAUAAUUGUGUAUUAUUAUAUGAAAGGGUUUUUUUAAAAACUACAGUUAGUUCCAUUUUCACUUGGGCAAAACUGAUUUAGAAGUAGCAAUGCACAAAAGAGCAUUUUAUUUGUUAUUGCUUUUAUUUACUUGUAAAUUCACCCAAGCAUAUGUAUGCCAAUAAUUAAUUGGGUAUUUAUAAAAAUGGAUAACCUUUUGUUCUGAAGUCAUUUUGUCAUUUGAUUGUGUUUUAUUGUAUGUGAUAAAUUCAUCAGCAUUGGUGACUUUGAAUAUUUUUUUCUGAAGAUUAAAUUUUAUUUAUAUUUAAAAUAACAUUUGCCAAUUAAGAACUAGUGUUCUCUGAAAAUUAAUACACCUUACUUUGAAGUACUGACAAUGACAUAAAACAUUCUAAUUUUAAUCAAGAUUUACUCAUUUUUGUUCCACACAAACAAUAAUAUUUGUAUUAAGUGAAACACCGCUGAUUCAAAUUUUAGAGGCUUGGAGGAUGAAACUGAUCAUUAUAUACAUUGUUUAUUUUAGACUUUGUGGCUAAAGAAAAUAGUGUGCUUUUUUUGUGCAAUAAGCAACUUCAAAAUUUUGCAACUGACUUUAUCAUGUACAUAUCUCAGCUAUUAGUUUGAAUGUUGGAAAUUGUUAACUGUGUUAUUCUACCGGUCUAACAAACAAUUGUAUAAGUUUAACACAGCCUUUAUUUCAUACACUCUGGGAUGUUAGAAAUUGCUUUGUUUUAAGUUAAUACAAGUAGAUUUUUUUUGUAUUGCUUGGAAGCUUUUAAGGCUAUGAAUAUUUAAGAGGUAGCCAAGACCACAGAAUGAAUUUCUAUGUAUCCAUGAAAUUAAAAAAAUAAAAUUUUUUGAUAAAAAUU